AAAAUCAAACUGAUCGGUUGUGUACUUUAAUAUCAGAAAUGAAGAUCCAUCUGGCUCUCCAGUAGGUUUCAAUACUCCUCGCCGGCUCUUGUUUCCUCUAGUAGCUGUGCCACAACUAUAGCUUUUUAUGUAAAUACAAGCAAUAUCCGACACCUGUAGGCUCUGAAGAAUCCAAAAGUAUAUUGUUUGUUUUCACUAAAAUGCAUAUGCACAAACAUAAAAUAUGCAUCUUAACCUAGGAGAUGUCACAGGUUAUACGCGCGUAUAAAUUUUCUAACUCAUCUAUGUGGUUAUAAAAAUUGAAUAAUGAUUCUGGCUUUGACAUCACAGACAAUUACAAUGAUGCAUUCAGUAUUUUGUUUUUACUUACAGUUACCUAGUUGCAUUCCCAAGAGUCGGAUUCAAUUCAAGAAAGUCAUAGGCAAUUCAUAAAGCACAAGAAAAAUUAUAAUGUACAGAAGCAAUACCAAAAUCAACACUAUGGUGCAUAUUAGAGACAACAAAGGGAAUUUCUUGUUAAACAAAGCAAAAUAAGCUGUUAACAUUUCGAAAAACAAUCAACUGUCACCUCACCGCCUAGCUACUUAUAUAGGCACCAUAUUCUAGUAUGUGCUAAGCAAACUAUCAAUUAUUGUAGCCAUGGCUGAUGAUACACGGGCAGUGUUCUCAGCUCUUGACAAUGCAAAAACUCAGCUCUACCAUUUCAAGGCUAUUGUCAUUGCUGGCAUGGGCUUCUUUACUGAUGCAUAUGAUCUUUUUUGUAUUAGUGCAGUUACAAAGCUGAUAGGCCGUCUUUAUUACUAUGAUCCAUCAAACCAUGUUCUUGGAAAACCCCCAAGCCCCGGAACUCUUCCGCCAAAUAUCAAUAAUGCUAUUACUGGAGUUGCCUUGUGUGGAACUCUAGCAGGACAACUCUUCUUUGGCUGGCUCGGAGACAAACUAGGAAGGAAGAAGGUUUAUGGAAUCACUUUGGUUACAAUGGUGGGCUGUGCACUUGCUUCGGGUCUUUCCUUUGGGUCUUCAGCGCAGAGUGUAAUCACAACACUUUGUUUCUUUAGGUUCUGGCUAGGCUUUGGCAUUGGAGGUGACUACCCUUUAUCAGCUGUGAUCAUGUCAGAAUAUGCUAAUCAAAAAACCCGUGGGGCGUUUAUUGCUGCCGUGUUUGCAAUGCAAGGAUUUGGAAUUUUGGUAGCUGGAGCAGUGUCCAUGAUCGUUUCCAAGGCCUUUUUGGUUGCAUUCCCAGCUGAUAAUUUUCAAACCAACCAUGUAUUGUCCACUCAGCCACAAGGGGACUUUGUGUGGCGGAUUGUUCUAAUGUUUGGUGCUGUUCCAGCUGCUCUUACAUACUACUGGCGGUUGAAAAUGCCUGAAACUGCAAGAUACACUGCAUUAGUUGCUGGAAACCACAAAAAGGCCGCUGCAGAUAUGGCUAAGGUUCUUGAAACAGAAAUGCCUUCUGAACCAUCACACUAUACUAAUCCAGUAAAAUUGCCCAAAUCUAAGUAUGGAUUAUUCUCUAAUGAAUUUGUUAAAAGGCAUGGAAUUCAUCUGUUUGGGACUUCAAUCACCUGGCUAUUGUUAGACAUUGCAUUCUACAGUCUGCAGCUUACUCAGAAGGAUGUUUAUCCUGCAAUUGGACUCAUCCCAAAGCCCUCACACAUGAAUGCUAUAGAGGAAGUUUUUAAACUUUCUAAGGCGAUGUUCUUGGUUGCCCUCUUUGCAACAGUGCCAGGUUACUGGUUUACAGUGUUCCUCAUUGAUAAGGUGGGUAGAUUCAUUAUUCAGCUUGGAGGGUUCUUGCUAAUGUCCAUUUUCAUGGCAGUUGUUGGAUUUAAAUAUGAAGAGUUUAGAGGACACUUGUGUACAGGAGAUUCGAAUAAACAAUACUGUGAUGGUAAGCCUGUACUCUUUGCUGUCUUUUAUGGACUGACCUUCUUUUUUACAAACUUUGGACCCAACAGCACAACCUUUGUUGUCCCUGCUGAGCUUUUCCCUGCAAGAUUCCGAUCAACCUGCCAUGGAAUAUCAGCAGCAUCAGGAAAAGCUGGUGCUAUAAUUGGAGCAUUUAUAGUGCAGAGUUAUACUCAGAAAACAGAAGGGAUCAAGAGAGCAAUCAUAGCACUCUCUGUCGUAAAUCUGCUCGGCUUCUGUUUCACUUUCUUGGUCCCAGAAACUAAUGGCCGCUCACUCGAGGAAAUAUCUGGGGAGGACAAGGACAUGGAUAGUGGGGGUGGUGAUGAUGCCAAUGGAAAAGAGAAGGCGCAAACAAAUACCAAUCUUGAGGUGUUGCCAGCAAGUGAUAUUGUGUAACUGAAUGUAGCUAAUAUUGGUUCAUCAAGUAAUAAUAGUGUAAUGAUAUCAAAGGUAAAUGG